AUGUUUGUUCGCUUAGUAAUUUUUGAAGCUUAUGAGCUCGAGACUCUCACACAAGGUCACCCAAACAGCUGCUUAGCCCAACAUUUACGCCUUAAAAACGAAUGCAUCUGUGGCCACUUUCCGUUGAGCCUUCUGACGCGAAAAUGGCGCCUUACGAGUUCACUAACUGAAUUUGAUUCGAGCUUUGCACGUAAGAAGGGGGGGGAUGAUGUCAUUCUGUUCUAA